AUGGAGCUUGCCAUGGCCACUGGCAGCAGCAGCUGCUGCAGCUUGGUCACCGGCUUGAGGUGCAGGACAUGUGCAGCAGCGGCAUUCAGUAGUGCUGGGGAUCGCCGCCGCAGCUGGAGGACGACGCCAGUGACGGCAUCCGGCCGUGGAGCCCGCAGGCUGACGGUGUCUGCAGCAGCCUGCAAGACAUGUAAGGGAAAGGGCGCAGGAAAGGUGCAAGGUGCUUUGACUGCCAGGGGUUCGGGCUCAAGAGCUGCCCUACCUGUGGCAAAGGAGGUCUCACACCCGAGCAGCGAGGGGAGAGAUAGAGAAUGA